CGAGGCGUUAUAUAAGAGCAACAGCGCGCGCGGCGCUCGGGCAGAAGAACAACAGUCACAGAAGCAGAGAGACGCACGCGACGCGAAACAGCGAGCGAACCGGCUUUUCCUUUUCUUUUAUUCCUCUGAUUCCUGUCAAAGAUGGUUCGAGAAACCGGUUUCUACGAUCUGCUCGGCGUGAGUCCCAAAGCCUCGCUGGACGAGAUCAAGAAGGCAUAUCGGAAACUGGCGCUGAAAUAUCACCCGGAUAAAAACCCGAAUGAAGGCGAGAAAGUAAGUGGAGACUUACUGGACACCGUAUCAUGUUUCACGUUGAGUGAUAAAUACAGCGACAGAAAAGAGAGGAACUUUCUGGAAGUGUCCCGAACAAUCAUAUAUUUGUUAGAACUGUCUUUGAGAGGAAGAGACCAAACUUCCAAUUGCCAAAAAUCAACACAAAUAAAAAUCAUGGAGGAAAAAAAAAGAAAUCCAAAAUAUUAAAUUUAAACUCAUAUCACAAGCCUACGAGGUCCUGUCAGAUCCCAAAAAGCGGGAUUUGUAUGACCAAGGUGGCGAACAAGCCAUAAAGGAAGGAGGCACGGGAGGAGGAUCUCCCAUGGACAUUUUCAACAUGUUCUUUGGUGGCGGAGGCAGAAUGCAGAGAGAAAGAAGAGGCAAGAAUGUGGUUCACCAGCUGGGAGUGACACUGGAGGAAUUGUACAAUGGCUCAACAAGAAAACUUGGUCUUCAGAAGAAUGUGAUCUGUGAGAAAUGUGACGGUUAUGGGGGCAAAAAAGGCGCAAUUGAAAAAUGCUCAACAUGCAAAGGGAGAGGGGUUCAGGUCCAGGUGCAACAGAUCGGACCGGGAAUGAUCCAGCAGAUCCAGAGCAUGUGCUCCGACUGCCAAGGACAGGGAGAGAGGUUCAACUCCAAGGACCGCUGCAAAAACUGCAAUGGACACAAAGUAGAACGCAAGAAGAAGAUUCUUGAAGUCCAUAUUGACAAAGGUAUGAAGGACGGCCAGAAGAUCACAUUCCACGGAGAAGGAGAUCAAGAGCCUGGACUGGAGCCUGGUGAUGUUAUAAUCGUACUGGACUUGAAAGAACACCCCGUCUUCCAAAGAAAUAAUGACAAUCUGAUCAUGAAGAUGAAGAUCAAGCUGGUGGAAGCGCUCUGUGGGUUUAAAAAAACAGUUCGUACGCUAGAUAACCGAUUGUUGCUCAUCCAGUCAGCUCCAGGCAAAGUAAUAAGACCUAAUGAUGUAAAAUGUAUUCAUAAUGAGGGAAUGCCUUUGUAUAGAGACCCUUAUGAGAAAGGUCUUCUCAUCAUACAGUUUGAGAUUGAGUUCCCAGAUAAACACUGGCUACCUGAGCACAUGAUGCCUGACCUGGAGAGGCUACUUCCUGUCAGAGAUCACGUCAUGAUGUCAGAUGAUAUGGAAGAGGUGGACCUGUGUGAACUAGACUAUGAAAGACAAAAGAGAAACUACGGCGGUGAAGCCUACGAUGAAGACGAAGGUCCCAGGCAUAGUGGCGUCCAGUGCCAGACUCAGUAAAUCUCAUGCAUAAGAAACACUGGUGCAAUUCUUGUGUGACUGCAAAUAUACACCGAAUAUUAGGCCGGUUACAUUGAAUUCUUGCCGAGCAUUAUGUACAGCAAGAAUUUCCUCACCAAGCCUUAUGAAACGGACCAUUUUCUUGCCACCAUUGGAAUUCUUUCUGAAGUUUCUGAUGAGGAGCCAGGAUUAUUACUUUUUUUGCAAUUACCACCAUAAAUGAUUAUCACCAGACAUUUAAUUAAAGCAUCUAUUUUCGAUAACUAAUUAAUUUACAAAUAAAAUUUUGUAGUUGUUUAAAUUUGCAUGUAAAUGUAUUCCGUAUGUUUGAACCUGUUUACUUUUGUAUAAUAAUCUGUCGAUGUGCUUUGGUUGAGUGGGUGCUGUACUUGUUUUUUUUUUUUGCCAGUUGAAAAUCUGUAUUUGUAAAUUUUUUAAGAAUGUGACACACCAUACAUUUAUUGCGUUGUUUCUUUCCUUAAAAUGUGUUUUAUUGUUCACAAAUAAAACAUUUAAUUAAA